UUUUUACAAUUUACUUUUGUUUACUUUAUGUCCAGUUAUUUCAACUUUAAUUAUAAUUUAUAUUGUAAAGUAUGAUAACUGAUUCUUGCAUGGAAAGCAUUUCAUCUCAAGACUAUUAAGUUGCCAUCUUGCUCAUCAAUAAACUGGAUUAGUCGUGUUUUUGGAUUCCAUUUUUUUCGAUCUAAAUAUCAUCAGGCAAAAGGUUUUCCUCCCUGAUGCUGAUGAUAAUGAUAGUUUUGGCGUGUGGGUGAGCAGCAUCAGUUGCACCUGUCCAGAGAGAAAGAGAGAGAAAGAGAAACAAAAGUAACUUUAAAAUUAAAAAGUAAACUGGAUCCAAACUAAAGGUGGCGUUUAGUCAAACAGAAACCAUAAACAAAACUUGGAAGCUGUUUGUUCAACUUCUCUGCUUCACAGUUAUGAAUAACAUUGUGAGAAACGGAUCAACUUCCCAAUUUAUUGAAACUUUUUCUAUUCAUCAUCUCUUUUAUCAUGUAAUUGAAUGUUAAUUUAUUGAUUAUAUUGUGACAAUUGGACGAUUUGCUGCUUAACAAAUCUAGACAAAGGUAUUUACUAAACGCCAUCUUUAGUCGAAUGAAGUCAUAUUUUUCUUUUAUUAAAAGUGUACAACUUUAUCUUAAUUUUUGUUUCUCUUGCACCUGCCAUUGUCUUCAAUGCAACUUACAUAUUGAUUCAAACUUUGCUAUUUUGUGUUCAUCUUGUAAUGUAAAUGUUUCUUGUUGAGGCACAAACAAAAUCGUGCUAAAGACAAUACGCUUAAUUCACUUUCAAUUUCCCCCUCUCAUCAUCGUCUUUUCCCUCUGCUUUUUCUCUCACCAACUCACUAUCUUCUCAUCCUCUCAUCAUCAUUAUAUCCUUGCUCUGAACUUGCAAUCGGAUAAUAUCAAGUGGCCUAGGGUCGGGUUACUUACUCACUCCGUGACUCUUCUUUCUUUACUUUUUUCCAUCUUCUAUUGCUUUUUUUCCUUGAUCUGUGUUGUGUUUUUUUUGUUGCUGUUUUGCUUCCUUACCUGUUAUCUUUUAACUUUAUAAUGGUGUUUCAUAGUUGAGAUUGAAAAUUGAGAAAAACAAAUUCUUCUCUAUCAAAAUAUGGAAACAAUGAAAACGGAUUUACCAAUGGGAUCAACUCUUGACUCAACUCGAUUCAAUGUGAGGUACAUUCAAAGGGAAAGAAAUGGAUUAUCCAUAAUUCAGUUUCCAUUUUAUUCAGCUUUAGGAUGUCUUUUACCCUUUUUAACGGCUCACAUGAACGAUAUUGGGUUAACUGCGAAACAAUCAGCUCUAAUCAACACCAUAACUGGUCUCAUCAGUUUAAUUGGUCCACUAAUAUUUGGUCCCAUUGCUUAUCGUUACCAAAAAUACAAUUUAAUCAUCUGUGUAACCCUUCUAUUGUCAACAAUAUCUUAUACUUCAUUGUUAUUCGUACCAAGGGUGAUUAAAACUGCAAAACACUCAUCCAUUAUAUUUGACUGUACCAGUGGUGAAUUAUUGGUUGAAAGAUGUCAAAAUUGGGAAAAUAAUUGCUCACUACAUCCAAAGAGAUUAGCUUGGGGUAAUUUUACCAAUUUCACAAUUUAUUCAUGCAAUUAUGUUUGUGAUCUGAACACACCAAGUCUUCAGCAUAACAGCUCAUCAUCAAUCACCUAUCAUAAUAACGUUUAUCAACCAUCACCUUCUCUUCUAUCGCCAUUAAAUUCACCAUUAUCAUCAACUACAUCAUCAUCUCCAACUGAUCCUAUUCAAGUUUGCUUUGAAAGCACAUCCGAAGGGACUCUUUGCUUAGAAUCAUCUGAUUCACCUAAACAAUCAACCUCAGUUAAUCCAAUUACUGGUAAAUUAUUGGAUCCAAUUCAGUUUGAUUCACGUUUUGAUCGGUGGCCUGAAACAGAGCCUAGAGGAAUGUUAAUUGGUAACACUCAUCUUGUUUCAUGUGCAUUUCAUCCCAAUGAAGCUUUAAUAAUUAAAAGUCAAACAUACCAAUCAAUUAGCUGCCGACCAUCCAAACCUGGCUGCUCUAUACACUGCCGUGUUGAUAUGGUCCAUCGUUCACAUUCAAUAUUAACCACUCCAUUGCCUUGUUAUCGUUUAUCCGGUCGUCCUCAAGUUACCUUUUACGCAUAUUUGGCCUUAAGAAGCGUUGCUGAUUUAUCUCUUUUCACGGGAUUUGCUCUUCUAGAUUCUCUGGCAAUUACAUUAACAAAUGAUUUCGAUUCUAUCUAUGGACGUGCCUCUAAAUUGCUUGCUAUCACUUUACCGAUGUCCUUGUGGCCUGUUGGAUCUGGAAUUUUAUCAGACUACUUUUCUUUGGUAUCCAAACGUCCAGAUUACUCUCCAAUAUUUGUUAUCUAUGAUGGUUUCAUUUUAAUAACAAUUAUAUUGAUCAUCUGUUUCCCAAUUGAACCAAUUUCAAUCAAAUUCAACUUCAUUUCAUACACUUCAUUGUCAACAACUAGUCUUAAUGAAUCAAAUCGACAAAAUAAUAAACAGUCGACAUUACCUCUCACUAAAUCGUCAUCAAAAACAUCUAGAAACCUGAAAGAGUCAUCAUCUACAUCAUCAUCAUCAAUGAAAUUUAAACAAAAAAUUUGUUUAUUCGCCUUGCUUCCAUUUGUUUUAUUUCUUGGCUCAACUUGGGGCUUACUUUAUAAUUACCUUCCUGCCUAUUAUCUUGAGCUUGGAAUUGACAAGACAUGGUUAAGCCUCGCUUUCUCAUUAUCCUUCAUUGGUUAUGCGCCAUUUUGUUUGAUUAUUAAAUCACUAACCGCUGGAAUCGGCAGAAUUCGCCUGAUUGUUUUAGCUUUCAUAUUUUACGCUAUUCGUUUGACUGGAAUCUCUUUUCUUCAUCACCCUCGUUGGACUAUUAUACCUUUUCAACUGAUGGAAGCCUUUACUCUACCUUUAGCCUGGGUCGGAAUCACAUCAACAAUUCACCGCUUGUUACCAUCGUCUGCCGCUGGAUCACAUUUAAUUGUCCAAUAUUCCCUAGUCAUUAUUCAUUUUGGCUUAGGUCGUUCAUUUGGUGCCUUUAUUUGGUGGCUUUGGUUACAAGAUUGGGAGGUUAAUCAUGAUCGCUGGAAUUGGUUAAUUUAUGAUUGGCCUUUGAUUCAAAUUGCUGCCAAUUAUGAUGUAUCCAGUUACCGUUUAUUAUUGCGGUUAACAGCCAUCAUAAUGGCCAUUUGUGGUUUGGUUUUACUCCUCUUUUAUCAUCUUUGUUGUUUCUGUUGUUCACCUAAAAGAUCAUCGAUUCAUCAAAUGAAAACUAAAAAUAAUCGCAUUAAAGGUAAACAUAACAAGUCAUCAUCACCAUCAAACUCACCAUCAACAUCAACCGGUAAUCAAUCAAAAAAAUCAAAUGAAACGGAUGUUUUACUUAAUGGUAUCCAUAGUUCAUCAUUUACCGUGCCUUCCGCUGAUAAUAAUCAAUUAAUUUCCGAUGAUUGUAAUAAAUUGAUAACAAUGCCGAAGACAUUAACAGCGGAUGGUCAACCUAUUAAGGGUGAAACAAAUGGUGUUAAAGUGAUUAGUAAAGUUGGUGAAGAUGAUUUAUAAAUUAUAAAUAUUUCAUCUUAAAUUAAGUGCAUCCAAUGACAAUAUAUUUAUAAAUUAUAAUACAAUAUUUUCACAGUCAUCAACGUCUUUUACGAUCCAAAUCAACAUUAAUAAUUUUUAACGUUUGACAUCUUUGGUCACAAUAUUUCAAACAAAAGUACAGAGUGAAAAAUAAUAGUGUAAAAAUGUUAGCUCUGUGACGAUCUCUGUAAUAUCUGUUUCUUCCUAAUUGUAAUUAAAGAAAUAUAUAUAAUAUUAA